AUGUCCCAAUUCAGCCACCUCCUCGGCCAUGGUUCGCCGCCUGCCGCUUCUCUCCAUGAGCGCAUAGUAUCCCACCCGCUUGUAGCACCAAUCGCCUCGAAUCCAGUCAACGUACUCCUCUUCUUCGUCCUCCUCUAUCACAUCAAUGGACUCCUCCCUGCACCCUUGUCUACCCUCUCACCUAAGAUCAUCAAGGCAAGACAUUCGAACCUGUACAGCUCUUUACCUCCAGAGCAUCCAAAAAGCACCGUGUGGAUGGAUUACACGCCAAAGACGCUGGCAGUCUAUGAUGGGACGGGAAAGAAGGAAGCGACUGAGCCUGGCACAGGAAGGCCGGAGCAAGGCCCACCACGCAUCCUCCUCAGCAUCAAUCGUCGCGUCUUCGACGUGACCUCCGGCGCACGCUUCUACGGCCCUGACGGCCCCUACGGCAACUUUGCAGGCAGGGACGCAUCCAGAGGCAUGGCGCUGCAGUCCUUCGAUGAGGACGUACUCACGCCCCUCGACCAGCCCUUGGAUACGCUGGAGGAUCUCAAGCCAGCAGAGCGAAAGCAGAUGCUGGAAUGGGAGCAACAUUUCUUGGGCAAGUACCCUGUGGUGGGCAGGUUGGUCGAG